CGUACAUAUUUAUCUGUCAAAAGUUUUGACAGCACGAAAACAUUUUAUGAUCAGAUUCUGUGACAUUUUCUAAUCCAUGAUAAAUUCAGAAGAUUAUUGCAAAACCUCGUAGUUUCUUAGGAUUUAUGUUUGCCUCUUUGGUUUUUUAAAUAAAAAUAAACAGCAAAAUGUGCACGGUGAGCAACAUAAAGGGCGAAAUCGAUAUACAAAGGUUGCCGGUAAACAGCGAAGAGCAUGAGUUUAACAAUUGGAUAUUUAAAUACACAAAAUCGCAUAUUUUGCAUUCGAUAUGCACGACGCCUGAAAAGUGCAGCAACGAGAACGAAAAAUGCCUCCUGUGCAAAUAUACAGGGUCUCUGGAACUGCCUCAUUUCCCAGAAAUGGUUUUUCCCAAUAAUGUUUUAACUUUAAAGCAUCCAUCAAGUGCUGUGAUUGAGUUUAAUGCAUUGGAUGCAUUGAAAGUGGUGUGUAAUGGAAAGUUACCCAUACAAGUGGCUUGUGCAGAAGCUUGGCAAGAAUCAAGAUCUUCAGAAAACUUGGAGCAAAAAUUAAAACCAUUUGAUUGGACUUUUAGUUCUGAUUACAAAGGUACUUUACCAAAUUCAGUGAAUGUAGUGGAAACUGAGGAGAGAAUAGACAUUGAAAAAUUAAAAGCAAAAGAAAAAAUCUUAUUUUAUCAAGAAUUAAUGCUCUAUGAGGAUGAAUUGCAUGAUAACGGAAUAUCAUCUUGCACCAUCAAAAUUAGAGUGAUGCCAAGUUCGUUUUUUGUACUGCUAAGAUUCUUCCUUAGGGUUGAUAACGUAAUGGUGAGGAUAAAUGAUACAAGAUACUUUCACGAUUUCACAACAGAUUAUAUUCUGCGAGAGUACACCAAUAAAGAAUGCGGAUUUAGCGAGUUAAAGUUGCCUUUAACAAUGUUUGGGGACCCCAACAUGUUAUCUCCACAUAUGCCACUAAGAACUGCCAUUUACGAAAAAAUCUCAUUUGAAAAUAUCAACACAAAUCCAACUACCUCAAAAACUGAGGUUAAUUAGUUUAUUACUAAUUUGUACAUAUAAAUUAAAUUUUAAGGCCAAUACAUUUUUAUAAAACUU